UGAGGGUCACAGUGAGCUGUGAGCGGCUUCAGGGGCGUCUUUGGCAGUCAGCAACAUGGUGGAAGACAUCAUGACCAAAGUCAAGUACUACCAGACCGCCCCUCUUGACAGCUGCUUCCCCAACCAGAACCAGACCAAGAACUGUUGGCAGAACGACCUGGACUUCCACCGCUGUGAGAAGGCGAUGACUGCUAAAGCAGGUGCGGUCUCCAUGUGCAAAUGGUGCCAGUGUGCGUACAAAUCCCUCUGCCCCGUAUCCUGGGUGUCGGCCUGGGAUGACCGCCAGGCAGAAGCACGUUUCCUGGGAAGACCUGACCUGGCUGCUCCCCGCCUGUCCUCUGUCCUCCAUCCUUCUCCCAGGGAGGUGAAGGGGGACCUGGGUAUCUUCCACCCUGGGAUCCUGAGUCAUGGCUUAACUAACAAUAAAUACUUGUUGGAAUAGUGAA